AUGUACAAAAACGUGCAAGUCAAUCAUUAUAACAACGCUACUAGUACAACAGCUACUGCUCCAACAUUUUCUUCUUCUUCUUCCUUUCCAUUCGAAACAAACCAAACGUCUACUAGUUUGCCUGUACAAAUAACUAGUGCGUCGUCGUCUUCUUUUUCUUCUUCAACGCCCAUUACACGUCUUCCUUCUUUACCUAAUAGUAACAUCGGUGUCAGUAAAGUUGGUGACGGCGGCAUUUCGCUGCCUGUCUCGUUUAGUUCUACAAAGGAAAACAUGUCACUAUCACAAACAGCAAAAUUAAAAUCGGAUGUAGAUCAACUCGACGAUCUCGUUAAAGAUUUACUCAUUGAAGUAAAUCGUCCGAUUGGUACAUCCACAAAUAAUCGUAUUAGUAAUAAUACUAAUACUAAUAAUAAAUAUUCAACAUCAUCUUCGUCGCAUUCAUAUCAGCAUCGUUCGAAUAAUGAUCAUAAUGAAAUAUUAAAUGCAAAGUUACCAUCAUCUAUUCGAGCUUCAUCCUAUACCCAAGCAUCGACGUUAAAUAACCAAAAACGCAAUGAUUUUGAUGCUAAUACUGUUAGCGGUCUUAUCGAUGGCUCAUCUCUAUCAUCGAGUGGUGCACAACGUGAAGAACAACGCAUAAAAACUACACGCGAAGAACGUAUACGUGUAAAACGCAGUGGUGGUGGUGGCGGUGGUGGUAUCAGUGAUACUUCAGAUAUACCGAUCACUAAUUCAACAAUGAAAACAACAACGACUACAACAACAACAAAUAAACCAUCACAAACAGCAGCAUCAAGAGAUCAAUUAUCGAUUGAUGAACAACUUAUUGAUUCAUUAUUAGAAAGUGUUCAAAAUACUCUAAGAAAACGUUCACAACAACAAACACAGCAAACCGUGUGGACAGCAGACAUACCAGUACAUCAACAACCACCACCAACAACAAGUAAUCGGCGAACGUACAGUUCAAGUGCUGCUUACACAGAUUCGGUCCAUCGAAUGGAUCCAAAUCGUGGACGAUAUCCAAUAAAACUUGUACGAACCGACAGCCCAACAAGUACAUUGUCGUCAAGGAGACCCUACAGUAGACAAGACAAUCGAGAUGGUUACACAACAACAGUCACAUCAACAUCAACUUCAGCCAUUCCGACACAUUUUCGUGCAUCAUCCGAACCAGCACCAGAUGGACCCAUUGAAUUACGUCGUAUGGAUUUAGUUCGUUCACCUUCACGUACAUAUAUUGAUGGACAACCAACUGAAUGCUAUAAUUAUUCACGUUCAACAUUACCAGCAAAUGGUAUACGUGUACGUGGUCAUGAUUAUUCAGGAUACGAAACCGAUACAGGUCUUGUCACAUCUCGUGGUUAUGGUCCGAGAUAUUACGGUGGUCCUCCUCCACCACCAUUACAUGUACCUCCAGCUAUGCCUUAUCCAUAUUAUCCUGCUGGAGUAGCAGCAGCACCACAUUUACUUCGAGAGCGUCAUCAUGAAACUUAUUCAGCAACUAGUUCUGGUGGAGGUCAUCGUACGAUGUUACGACCCGAUGGAUAUGAUACAGAUUCAGGUUUAAUUAGUAGUGGUCGAUUACGUAUGACACGUACAUUACCACCACGUAUGGCAGUUAUACCUGAAACGUUAGUUGUUAAUAAUCGAAUGGUAUCAUCAUCAAAUCUAAAUAAUGUACCAACAAAUUUACGUGGCAGUUCAUUUCUUAACGAAUCAAACACAAAUACAUUACGUAGUCGAGCAGAUAAUUUAACUGGCUAUGAAACCGAUUCAGGUAUGCGUAUCCGGCAACAAAAUUAUUCUCGUCAUCAAGUACCUAUUGAUAUUCAAUAUGGUGAUAGUGGAUGGGUUGGUAAACAAUCAAUGGCAAGACCGACAUCACAACAACAACAACAACAACAACAGCAACAACGAUUUAUCGAUAAUAAUCAACGCUAUCGUUCACAAGAUCAAUUACGUUCAACAUCGAUACCUGUUGUUACACAAGAUUCAUCAGCAACAAUAACACGUUUACCGGGACAACAUAUAACACUAACUAAUAGAGCACAACAAAAAAGGACGUUGACUACAUUACCGUCAUCAUCAACGACAACAACAACAACAACAACAACAACAACAAAAGCUAACGAAAACAUGGAAACUAUGAGAAAACAUAUUUCAAUCCUACCGAACUUUUUUCCGGGUUCAGUUGGUUUAUCGAAUCCACCGAGUACUAAUAAACAACAAAUACCAGCAUCACCAGAAUUGAAAAGAAAAUUUUCUGAUGAUAAUACAGUUCAAAUGCCAUCGAGAGUGCAAUGUAGUGUGAUCGAAACUACGAUAUUACCUGUUUCGAAUGAAUCGAAUGCAGAAAAACCACAAGUAUUUUCGACUACAGCAGAGAUUAUACCUACUGUAAAUUCUGAUCGCUUUGAACAUCAAACAACAAGUAAAACACCGGCAACACCUACUUUUCCAGUAACCAAUCAAACUUAUAAUCAAAAUAUUCAACCACGUGUCGGCAAUAGUUCUUUUCGAAAUCAAGAAGAAAAUUCACGCCGUUCAAGCGUUUCAUCCGCUACAGAAUCCGAUGUAAAUCGUAAUGGUGCUUAUCAAGCCCAUCAUGUCAGUCAAUAUUGGUAUAAAGAAAAAAUGUCGCGUGAAGAUGCAAUUAAUCUACUUAAAACAAAACCACCUGGAACAUUUCUUGUUCGAGAUAGUCAAGGUUUUCCUGGCUCAUAUGGUCUUGCAAUUAAAGUUGAAACAUUACCACCGGGUAUUCAAGCGAAACAAGGAGCUGAUCCCAAUGCUGAACUUGUUCGACAUUAUCUUAUUGAACGGACAUCAACUGGACAUGUUCGUUUGAAAGGAUGUCCAAAUGAGCCUGACUUCGCCAAUCUAUCAGUUUUAGUCUAUCAACAUUCAAUAACUCCACUUGCCUUACCAAUAAAAUUAGUUUUACCGACUUUUGAUAUAACUGAAGACUAUCGGUCUGUAUCAAAUCAACAGCAACAACAACAACAACAACAACAACAUGAAACAUUGAAAAAAAUGUCUGUAAAAGAUUUACUUGAAAAAGGAGCUGCUUGUAACGUUGUUUAUUUAAAUAAUGUUGAUGUUGAAUCCUUAUCUGGUCAAAUGGCCGUCAAUAAAGCAUUACGUGCUACAUUUGAAAAUUUCGAUCGUCUACAAGCAACUAUUGUUCAUUUUAAAGUUUCAAAUACUGGUAUCACAUUAACCGAUACAAAGAAAAAAUUAUUUUCUCGACGUCAUUUUCCUAAAGAAUAUGUCACAUAUUGUGGUGUUGAUUAUGAAACUGAUCGUUAUUGGAUAUAUCAAUUUCCAGAUUUAGAAAUGUUACCUAAAGCAAAAUGUUUUGGUUUUGUUUCGAAAAAAAUCAAUGGAAAUAAUCGAUCGAAUCAACCCGAAAAUGAAUGUCAUAUAUUUGCUGAAAUCGAUCGAACACAACCGUCAACAGCUAUUGUUAAUUUUGUAUCGAAAGUUAUGAUUGGAAGCGUGCCUGUUUAA